GACGUGCCUGAAAUCUUACAUAGUUACCGUUUUCGUACAUAGCAACCGAAGACGCUAUUCAGAAAACUUGGAUAGUAUUACCAAAUUUUCGUACUAUUUGUAUUACUAUAGCCUUUCAAGCUGUAAUUGUGUUUCUCAAGAAACAAAUAGUCAUGCAGGUGGAAAAUCAACCCAAUGUCAAUGUGUCAUUUAUGACAACUCUGGACAGGGAAUUAUUCCCUACGAAAAUGCCACCGAAUAGAUUUGGGAAUGAAGUUGUUCCACUGCGAGGUGCACCACAUAGAGGACCCGGAUGUUAUGAAAAUGAAGAGAAAACAAAUUUUUGGUAUGGUGUUGAACAUAAGAUUACUAGUGAGAAAGGUUAUACACUGGGUGCAAGAACAGCUGCAAGAAUCCCAAAACAUACUGUAAUUCAGAAUCCUUGCCCUACAACGUAUCAGAAAACAUGUACAGACCCUAAAACAUUUGAAACCUCUAAAAAACCUUUCGAAGUUGGAGCAGAGAGAUUUCAGACAAAAAGAAGUUCAACAUCUAUUAUGGAAGCAAGCCCAGGACCUGGUACCUAUGAUCAAAGUAAUCCUAGAAAUCGACAAGUACAAUGGCACCAGUCUUUUGGGGGAGCUCCAGUUAUGUUACCAGAGAUUAGUGUUCAAAGCACAAUUCAUAAAAAUACUGAUAAGUUAUUUAGUACAAAAGAAGAAAAAAAAUUCUUCAGAAAAUUGGCAUACUUAAAACUCUACUAUUGAAGAACAGUUUAAUUUGUUUUUAUUUUGCGAAAAGGAAGAAUUUCAAUUUAAUGUGUGAUUGCUAAUAACUUUAACUGUAACAGUGAAACCUAUAUGUAUUGGGCUACAUUUGGGAAAUUUUAAAAGAUGUAGUCCAGGCUAUUCAGACUGUUGUUAUAAAAUUGCUUCCUGCCUAUAAUAAACACAGCCUGGAAAGUAUUGGAUAGCAAUCGAGGGUAGAAAAUCUUUUUACAACAAACCCUAUUCUACUUAAAAAAAUUUCUGAAUAGAAUAUUUCCAUCUUUAGAAUUCGCAUCAGAUAAUAUAAAUCUCUCUAUCAAUUGAUACAGGACAAUAUUUUAACAUGCCUAAAUUUAAAGAAGAACUGCCAAAAAGGAAAGGAUUUUGUGUAGGAAUAAAUUGUCUCCGUGUCAGUUUUCAUUUCCUAAAGAAUGUCAAGCUUUCAAGUGUUCCUUUUAUUAUUAAUUGUUAUUGGUUGUUUGUGACGAUUGUUUUCCCAUUGAUCAUGUAAACUCAAAAACAAGAAAAUAACAUAUCUUUAUAUAAAAUAUUAACUAGGCCUGGGAAAUUGUUAAAUUGUAAAACAUGUACAAAAUUUUGUAAAUAAAAAAUAUAAUCUAUUGUA